AUGGCGCUGACAGACAUGCCAGCGGGGUUCUCCGUACAUCACACGGACAGGAAGAAAGAACUCUCCGGGAAAAACAAAGGUGGAGGGAACACGCUUGACCAUUGCUCCUCUCCCUUCCGGGACAGCUACAAGGCCUUCCCCAACCCCCACUUUGGCAAAUCAGAUCAUGCCUCCAUCCUGCUCCUCCACGCCUUUAAGCAAAAACUUAAACAGGAAGCUCCCAUGGACAAACAUGCAGAAGAGGUGAGGAAAAAGGUACUAGCUUUGGCAGAUGCGGUGGAUCUGGGCUGGUGUGUGAUAAAGGAUGUGGAGGUGAUAGAGUUGAACAAGCGUGCGUCGGGCCAGGCCUUCGAGGUCAUCCUGAAGCCCCCGUUGUUCGAUGGCAUCCCAGAGCUCAACGCUACCAUGCCCCAACGCAGGGAACUCUCCAUGGAGGAGAUCCAGAAGAAACUAGAGGCUGCAGAGGAGAGGAGGAAGUGCCAGGAGGCUGAGCUGCUGAAGCACCUGGCAGAGAAGAGAGAGCACGAGAGAGAGGUCAUCCAGAAGGCCUUUGAGGACAACAACAACUUCAUCAAGAACGUCAAGGAGAAGCUGGAGCACAAAAUGGAGGCCAACAAGAAGAACAGAGAGGCUCUGCUGGCGGCCAUGUUGGAACGACUGCAGGAGAAGGACGAACACGCAUUAGAGGUGAGGAAGAAAAAAGAACUGAAGGAGGAGGCCUGCCGUUAG